UAUACUGUUAUGUUUUAAUCAAACUAACCACUUUUAUCGAAAAAUGUUUACAAGAAGUUUUUGUCGAUUUUCUAAAUACUUGCAAAAACCGGUCAAUAGAAAUGUUUGCAAGAACAGAAAGUUGCAUAUUUCAACGGCUCUUUGUGCAACUCAUUCGUCAGGAAGAUAUGAGGAUAAACCAGAAUUUCCUGGUUCCAGGUCCCACUUCAUCCAUAAGCUCGAGUUCAUCAACCCUGAUGAUACAGAGGGAAUUCCAGUGUACCGGGUCAUGAACCGUAAAGGUGAAAUCAUAGAACAGAGUGAAGAUCCUCAGUUGGAUAAAGACACUGUGAUAAAGAUGUACCAUGAUAUGACUUUAUUGAACACAAUGGACAAGAUCUUGUAUGAAUCUCAGAGGCAGGGUAGAAUCUCAUUCUAUAUGACAAACUUUGGUGAGGAAGGAACUCAUAUAGGAUCUGCUGCGGCUCUUAGCCCUAAAGAUAUGGUGUUUGGACAGUACAGAGAGGCAGGUGUGUUAAUGUGGAGAGGAUUUACGCUGGACCAGUUUAUGGAUCAGUGCUAUGGUAACUGUAAUGACCAUGGUGAAGGUAAACAGAUGCCGGUACAUUAUGGUUCUAAGGAGCUCAACUUUGUCACAAUAUCCUCUACUCUUGCCACACAGAUGCCACAAGCAUCUGGAGCAGCAUAUGCAUUGAAAAGGAAAGGCAAGGAUCGUUGUGUGAUAUGUUACUUCGGAGAGGGAGCUGCCUCAGAGGGGGAUGCUCAUGCAGCAUUUAACUUUGCUGCCACCCUGGAAUGUCCAAUCAUCUUCUUCUGGUAAUUUUUUUUCUUUUUUUUUUGUCGCAACAAGGGGUUUUGCAAUUUUCAACAAAACCCAAAAAAAGAUCAGUAUAGAGGAGACGGUUAGGUAACAUCACGUGGUACAGGCUAUGGUAUGUAUACAAUGCGUGUAGAUGGCAACGAUGUAUUUGCUACAUAUAACGCAACAUCAGCUGCACGAGAUAUUUGUGUUAAGGAAUGCAGGCCAGUCCUAAUAGAGGCUAUGACCUACAGGCUUGGUCACCACAGUACGUCAGAUGACAGUUCAGCUUAUCGUUCUGUAGAUGAGGCGGCAUACUGGGACAAACAAGACACGCCUAUUGCAAGAUUACGGUACUUUAUGAUAAGUAAAGGCUGGUGGGAUGAAACUAUGGAAAAAGAAUGGAAAAAGGAAUCCAAACAAAUGGUAAUGGAAACAUUCGCCAGAUCAGAGGCUCGCAAAAAGCCAAACCCAGAGCUACUGUUCACAGAUGUUUAUAAGAACAUGCCAUGGCAUAUAGCAAAACAACAACAACAAAUGAAACAGCAUGUGACAAAUUAUGCAGAACAUUAUCCCAUAGAUAGCCAUGAGAAAUGGAAGGAUUGAGCUGAGCAAUUUAAUAUGCGUAUUUGAAUGUGACAGUUAUUUAUUGGUAUUAAAAAAUGCUCUCCACAUUUUGUGUUUAUGUAAUGGAUUGCAAUGCAUAUCUAUUUUAGAAAAGGCUGUGAGCUCAUCCAUCUAGUUUCUAUAUUUAAAUACAUGGUAACUUGUGAUUGGUUAAGAAUAUGUAAUGGAAUGGUUUUAUACUUCCGUAGCAGUCCGUCUUGGAGAUAUAUGGUUUCCAAAGUUUAAAAAAAAACGGCAAGGAAACAACAUAAUAUAGUGAGGUUGGACUUUAUUCAUAUAGCUAAUGUUAGGUAUAUUUUUACAUGCAAAAUGGGGAGAUUUCAACAUGGCUUCAUGCACAUAAUUUCCUUUACAUACAGAUUGGUGAGGCAUCUUCAGAGCUUUUAUACACACAAAUUCUUAUAAGUGCAAAGUGCAUACAUAUCGCCAGAGCUUACAAUUUUUAACUUUAUUCUCCCCAUCUUUAUGUUGAAUACUUUGAGUAAAAUACUAUAAAAUGGUAGAUUUUUUUGUUGCUAGUCAUCUGUUACAUAUUUCUGAUUAUCCAGUUUUCAUGAUGCAGGUAUACAGUAUAUGUAUUAGCAAUAUAACGUAUGAAAUGUACUGAAAACUCCUCUUACAUUGAUAUUAAAAUAACUCUAUCUGCAUACUAAGAUGGAGAAAGUUAUGAUUUACUGCUUCGUUAUUAUGUUGUGUGUAUACUCUGUGUUUGUGACUCUAUACAAAUAGGUUGUGGUAGAGGUUGGUUUUUGAAGUACCCAAGCCCUUUUUAUAUGGAAACAAAUCUUUUAGACAGCAUACUUUGAGCAACUAGUAUUUCAUAAAUUAAUGUUACACCAUUAAUUUUAUAAAAAUAUCGGUAGUGCUUAAAUUAACCAUUUGCUAAAUUCCAUUGUGUUAACAAAAAGUAAUAAAAAAGAUAUUUUUCUCAUGUUUUUAGUUUUAAAAGGCCAGUACGAGCUUAUGAGAUCACAAGUUGUCUUUCCUAAACUUUUAUAAAACAUCUUUUUCCGCUACCACUGGGUCAGAUGUACUGAGACUUUUAUUUAACUAAUUUAUCCCAGGUCAUAAAUGCAAAGACAUCUGCUCAAGGUUUGGAAAACUUUUAUGGAAGAAAGAUUUCUGUUGGCUAAAUUAAGGUUGAAGGUUCUAUUAAUAGGCAACGUAGGCGUUAUUUCAGAUAGAGAUCUUUUUCUGUUAAAUCUGGAAAGACAGCAAAUGAGAAACCCACCCUUGAAAGUAAUUUUAUUGUUGGAUAAUUUCAUAGAAAUGAAAUAUUUAAUUUUCAUUUCAGUUAAGCUAUUGAUUAAUUAAGAAGUAUUUGUACAUGUAAAAUUUUUGUUAAUUUUUUUCAUUCAAGCAUCACAUGGUUCAAAGCUAGAACUUUGUUUAGGACUAUUCAUUGAGGCCAAUUACAAAAUAUAUUUAUUUUGCUGAAAACCAGUCAAAUUCUGCUACUGUAACAGGAUGGCAAAGGUUUGAUUUGCGUUUAGAUCAGAGUCUAAGGCUAUAGAAUUUGAGUUUGGAGACCAGUCUCUAAAAGCAAGCUUAAAUUGCCAUUGGUCAAUUUAUCAGAUUGAGCUCAUGAUCAUCCAAUCAGAAGUUAGACUUUAAGAGACUGAUCUCCAAACUCCAUUUUAUCACUUUGGAACUAGGAUCUUGAAUUGGAUGAUGAUAUUGAAACAGUUUAAUAUGAAAGCUUUGCAGAGGGCCUAUGUUUGAAUUUCAUUGUUCAGUUUGACAUGUAUCAAAAUACUUCAUAUAUGUAUGAAUAAAUUGUGAAAUGAAAA